AUGUUGGAAAAUAUUAAAUAAUUAUUAAUUCCUCAAUCUAGAGAAAGAUAUGGAAUUUACCCUAAUGUUUUGAAAGAAGUGUUUAGCUAAUUAUCAAAGGGUGUUUAAAUUUACAUUUAUUUUACUAUAUCUAAAUUGUUACUAACUUUAAUCUUUUUAGGAGAGGCUUUAAAAUGUGAGUUAUCAGAAUCUCAUUCAACAGCUACAACAUUAAUAUUACAUUGUAUUUUCUUAUUAUACCAUGAAUUCAAGUACAAGAUGGAAUUAGAAAACAUUGAAAAAUUAAGUUAAAUUCAAUAAGUUUUAGAAUAAGAAGGAAUGAAUUUAGAAUAGAUUCCAGAUAGAUAAUCAUUUAAUAAACUGAUGAUGACAGUAAAGAAAUCAAUAUUUUCUUAAUGUCCUGAUUUAAAUGUAAUUGGUUAUAAUAUUUAAAUAGAGAGAAUCUAAAUAUUUGAACUUUUUGGCUUAAGUAAUAAUAAUUAGAUUUUUUAUCUUGAUGUUGAAUUCACCAUUUAAUUUUAAUAUGUUUUAAUAUUUUUAAGAAACAUGUGAUGCUAAUCUAUUAAAUGUAAUGUUUAUUAUGGUUUUAUCAAUGUUUCUAGAAUUCAUCUUUUUAUAUUGUUUAUUAGUAGUUAUAGUGAUUGCAUUACCGUAAAAUAUUAAUUAAUAAUUAUAGAUUGUUAUGUUGUUUAUCAAUCUAUAGAAAAGGUAAAUAAUUAUAUUCUAUUCGAAAAUUAAAGAAAUACUUAGAAUCAAUUCCACCUCAUAAAUAUACAGGAUUAGAUGAUGCUUGGAUGAAAGAAGACAAAAUUUGUUGUAUUUGUAUGUAGGAAUAUGUUCAUAAUGAAAAUAUUCUUUAAUUACCAUGUAGUGGAUAACAUUAAUUUCAUGAAAGUUGUGUUAGAAAUUGGUUUGAUGUAAAUAAUUAAUAUUAAUUUAAAUAGGUAUCGAAUAGUUGUCCAAUUUGCAGAUAAUAGUUAGGUUGA